CUCCUCAAUUUCAAUUCUCGCGAACUAUAAAGCUCUUAUUUCGACUUCUUCAUUUAUCUAGUUCAUCUAAUUAAUCGCAUUCCAACAUGGGCGAGCCACAUUUCGAUAUACCGAAAGAAUGCAAGGCUGGUGUUGUGGUGAACGAAGGUGCUAACUUCCACGUCGAGGUGCGAAUGGUGCCAGUCCCUGAGAUCAAACCAAAUGAAGUCCUCAUCAAGCUCAAUGCCACUGGCAUCUGCCACUCCGACCUCCACUUCAUGGCAAACGACUGGGAUCUCCCCCCGAUGUCCACUUUCAACGUCCAAUGCGCGGGCCACGAAGGUGCCGGUGUAAUUGUGAAAGUUGGCGACGCUGUGCAAUCGCUAAAAGUCGGCAUGCGGGCCGGCCUCAAGCCCAUCCAAGACACAUGCGGUGCCUGCGACCUCUGCCGCAGCGACAAAGAAUGCUACUGCGCCAAGGCCGUCUUCACUGGCCUGAUGUGCGACGGCUCCUAUAAACAAUACAUCGUCUCCCCAGAGCGGUAUACGACGCUCAUCCCAGACGGCGUCUCCGACUUUAUCGCCGGCCCGAUCAUGUGCUCCGCCAGCACGAUCUACACGUCGAUUAGAGAAAGCGGCCUCCAACCAGGUGACUGGGCCGUGUUCCCCGGCGCAGGCGGCGGCGUUGGGAUACAAGGGCUGCAGCUCGCGAAAGCCAUGGGCCUCCGCCCUAUCGCGGUCGACACGGGUGCAGACAAGAAGAAGCUCUGUCUCGAGAUGGGUGCCGAGCACUUCAUCGACUUCAAGGAAGAGAAGGACGUCGCGGCCAAGGCCGUCGAGCUAUGCGAAGGCGUCGGCGCGCACGCCGUGUUCGUCACGGCGGUGCAGACGUAUCCUACCAGUCUGAAGUUCCUGGGCAGCCGGGUCGGCGGGAAGGUCAUGUGCAUUGGGUUGCCGCCGGCGGGCACUUGCCACAUUGAUGUCGAGCCGAACCAGAUGUGCUUCCGGAAGUGGAGUGUACAGGGGACUUUGGUCAGCAAUAUGCGCGAUGUGGAUAAGACGUUGGAUUUCGCGCGGAGGGGGCUGUUGAAGCCGAUUUAUACGGUAUAUCCAAUGAGUAAGUUUGACGAGGCGGUGCAGAAGCUGAGGAAGGGCGAGAUUGCGGGAAGAGCGGUUGUGGACUUCAACACGGAUUAGGCUGUGUGCUAGCUUUUGAUAGUUGUUUGUGAGAUGUGUGGAUGUAGUUCUACGUGUUGAGGGGUCUGGGAGCAAGGUUGAGACGAAGAGUAAAGAG